CCACGGUCCGCCCCACCGUCCACCGGCUGCGAUGUGUUACGCGCCCCUGGGUUAGAAAAAACAGGAAAGGAAAACUUCACAGAAAUGGCGGAUGGCGCUACAACUCUUAAAGGCUUGCGAGCUCAGAUGGCUGCUGCAGCGCAGGCCCAGGCUGAAGAGCGGAGAAGUCUCACAGGCACCAGUCCUGUGCCUGCAGCCAACACCGCCGCUAAAGCUCAGGGCUGUAAACCAGUUAUUGACGGUGCCACAUUAAGAAUAGACGACAAACUGAGAGUAGCAAGAGAGAGAAGAGAGGAAGCAGAAAAACAACAAGCUCUACGAGAAUCCCAGAUUAUGGAGCGGGAGCGAAAAUCUAAAAUACAAGUGGAACGUCAAAUGGAAGAACGGCAGAAAAAAGUGGAGGAACAACGAAAGAAAGAAGAGCAGAAGCGACUGGCGGCGGAAGAGAAAAGGAAGCAGAAACAGGAAGAGGAAAAGGAACACUAUAAAGCAGUGAUGCUGAGGACACUGGAGCGGAACCAAAGAGUGGAUCAGAGGCAGAAAAGGUGGUCUUGGGGAGGGCUCGACUCAGAUGGACGAGCAGGAGACUCUGAUGCCAGCGCCUCAUCUCCAGUAACUAUAGUAAUCUCCCCUGCCUCUCCAGAAAAGCCCCUGCGGAGUCGACAAGUGGACAACCGUUCCACAUCCACCACCAACCUGAAGCAGCCGUCCGAGGCUGGCAUCAGCAAACGCCUCUCCUCCUCCUCCUCCGCCCUUGGCAAAUCUCCCGAUAAGAGUUUUAAAGCCAGAAGUUCAUCUUGUAACCGGUUGCCUAGCAACCGUAAUGCUGCACAGGUUACUAAGGAGGACGUCAAAAAACCUCAGGUGGAGCAGACAGGCCGUUCCAUGAAGAUGAGAAGCUCCUCCCUUACUCGAGUAAGUGUGGCCAGACCACAAAGCCCUGCCAAACCUGAUAAGGGAAGAACGGAUGAUCAAGCUCGCAAGCCACCGGUCAGCUCUGUGGAUGAAGGGCUUCUUAGUCGCCUGCUCACACCCACCCAGGCCUCACUAGCUAGGAGCAAGAGUGCUGCUGCCCUGUCCGCUGAAGGAACAGAUUCUCCAGAGUGUCACCUGUGUCCUCGCUCAGCCUCUGCCAGCCCACUGCACCCAUCGCGUGGGCCCGUCCGGAGCCGCAGCAGUGAUCGGCACAAGAGUGGCAUGAGCACUUCUGUGUCUGCCGAUGGAGCCCUUGACCAUUCAGUGAAGAACAGGCCGACAGGAGCACAGCGUCCAGCCUCCCCGUCUACUUCCACACGAAAUCGCUCUCCAUCCCCUGCCCCCAAUGCAGCUCCAAUGAGAACUCCCUCCCCAGGAGCAGCCAAGCAAAAUUCAAAAGCACGACCCCCUUCACCUGGUGCACUGAAGCAGCGCCCUCCAUCUCCUCAGCCUAUAACGUCCAAACCUCCACCCAUCCAGAAACCAGCUCUUACACCAACAGGGCCCCCCACCCUCAGAAAAAGAGACUCAAAAUCCAAGGAUUUGUGCUCUGUUCAGCCUGUGGGUGCCCCAUCACCAGACUCCAGCAAAGCCAAAGAGAAAGAUGAUGCAAAAGGUGGAACAGGCACUAACACUGCAGCUGAAGCUGCCAAGAUCUUGGCCGAGAACCGCAGGCUGAUGCGGGAGCAGAAGGAGAAGGAGGAGCAACUGAGGAUACAGAGGGAAGAAGAGGAGAGAGUCAGAUUAGAAGAAGAGAAGCGAUUAGCCGAGGAGGCCCAACUGAAGCGGCUUGAGGAGGAGAAGCAGCUUGCAGAGGAGCGGAGGAUCAGAGAGGAGGAAGAGGCUCGUCAGGCUGAAGAGGAGAGAGUGAAGGCAGCUGCAGAGGAGGCACAGAGACAGGCUGAGCUCCAGAAAGAGAAAGAGGAGGCAGAGGCCCGGGCCCUGGAGGAUGCCAAGAGAGUUCAAGAGGAGAGGGAGCGUCUCAUGCAACAGAACCAGCAGGAGCGCAUGGAGAGGAAGAAGAGGAUUGAAGAAAUAAUGAAGAGGACUAGGAAAGGAGAUCAGAGUGACUGUAAGAAAGAUGAAGAUAAAGACAUAAAUGGAGAUGUAGAAGAUGUAGAAGUCCAAGACCAGGAUCUGGACCAGGACUGUGAAUUUAAUGACACCAGUGAGGCUUUAGCUGAAGCUGAAAAAGCUGUGUGUGAACUGUCUUCUGGAGAGCCCAUACCUCAAGAGCCUGUGUGCAGUGUGAAUGGAAACCCAGAAACAGAAGACAAGGAGAAUAACAACGGUCUGAGCACAGAGGAGCUUCCACCUGACAGCCUUGUGCCCAAGACUCGUGUUGUGGAAGGCUCGGAAUUUGUGAAUGAGCAGGACUCAGCCAUUGUCGUCUCCGGUCUCAAUGGAAAGUCUAACCAGUGGAGCUUUGAGGGCCUCAUUGACCUUAAUGGUCACAACAGCCGUCCCCUCAUGGAGGCAGGGGACUGUAAUCAGGUUUUACUGGACUGUGGUGGGACCCCUGAUGGGAACAGGGUUACAUUUGAAGACAAAACUACUCCUGUAAACACAAUUCAUUCCUCUAAUCAGCCUGUUUAGCUCCAGGCCUCAUCCUUUUUCCACUGUUUGGUUCUGAAGGACUAAAUUCCUUUUCUUUGUCAUGUUCAAGUUUAAUGAUAUUUUAUAAUAAUUUUGUUUGUUGGGGUACAUUAAUGUAACUUAUUAAUUUUGCUGUAUUUGUUAUAGUUAAUGCAUUUGUAUAAUACGAUUACAGACUACACAUUUAUCAUUUAUGUACUGAGGCAAUAUAAACUAGAAGGACUGAUAAAUGUGCUGUAAUCUGAGUGAAGGUGGGCUGCGGUCCUCCCCAGUUUAGCAUGUGAUCUAUGAAUUACUUGACCAGCUGUUUUCUGCAGCAACCAGAUGUAUGGCCUUAUUGUUUUCUUAUUUUCCAAUAUUUAAAGUUCAAUAUUAUAUUGUUUGGGUUGUUUUAAACUUCACACCACACUCUACCAUCUGCUUAGAGUAGACCCACUAUCCACGUGAUUCAUAGCUUUCCAGACUUUAUUUUUGUGAUUCCUCUUUUGGCCACCAGAGGCUCUAGCAGCACAACUGUUACAAACCAACGACUAAAGAAAGCCUGAUGGAGGUGUUUGGUCAGUGAAGUUUUAGCAAUUAGUUUCAGUAAGGCUUAUGGUCCUUUUAGGUUUUAUUUGUUUAGGUGUAUGUUUACUAAUGGAAUUACUGUACAUUUUGUAACUGAAUUUCAGCUUGUUUAAAGCAAACAUUUUAAAACUAAAGCACAAUUUCCUCUUUUGGUGAGGUCCACUAGUUUCACAUUGUUACAAAGCUGGACACUUAAUCACAGUGUUCCAACCAAGUGAUAUGCCUGUAGGUUGUAUGUUCUGAGUUCUCAUAAAACUUAAGAAAUCCCAGUUCACUAGCUGCUACUAACAAACCGCAUUUCAGCCAUUUAAAUGUACAUAGCUACAUAAAAUAUAACUGAUGGUUGACCGAUGAUAUAUGAAAAUGCAAGUCUACAUAUUUAAAUGUUUUUGUAUUGUGCAUAGCCAGUAUUAGGCCAGUGGAGCCCUAUUGGUGAUGGAAGGCUUAGACGUGAAUUUGUGAAAAGUUGGUGUCAGAAGGUAGCUGUUUGACUCAGGCCUUGUGUUACGGCAUUCAGGAAACUUUUGUCAGCCAUAAACCCCAACUUGUUGUGAAAAUAAUAUUUGCUUGUUACAGCAGGGCUGGUGGUAAAACUUGAUAGGUGUGGACCUAGAUUUCUGCCUUUUCAGACUUAAUUUUUUAGCCUUGAAAAAUGAGCUCAAAGAAUGUUCAGUCGAUCUUUAGUUAAAAAAAGUCCUCAUACCAGCCCAUUUCAAUUUGUAACUAAAAUAAAAAAAUGAAAUUUAUAUGUGCACCAAUGUUUUCCAAGCCCUUUUUAUGGUUGUUCCUGGAGAUGUUCUAAAAUGCUGCUUGAACAGAUAUUGUAUAUAUUCCCAGCCUGCUGCUUAUCAGGGACCUAUACUCAUAAAUACUAUGACUCCUUCCUCUCAACAUUACACAAGAACUGUGUCUUAAAGAUUAUUUUUAUUAUAAUAUAGUUAACAAAAAAUGUCUUCACCUCAGCCUCGACAAUCAGUCCACCUAAGGAGGGCACCUUUGAGUCUCCAUUCCCCGCCCUGUUUGUUAAGAGGUUAAAUUGGACUGUAAAUAUGUUAUUGAAAAAAUUCAAACUGUUAACAAUAAAGACUUACAAAUUAGAA